AUGUCCCGCUCCAAUGAAGGCACUCAACGAUCGAAAAGUGUUUCGAAAAGUAGUGAAACGCCGCCAACUGAUGAGCGCCACAAAAGCGAGCUAUCGGAAAACCAUCUGAAACACUUGGAUCCUGACAAAUUCAUUGAAGCUUAUGGCAAUUAUGGAAGUUAUCAAAUAUUCACAUAUAUUAUUGUUCAAACAUUAAACUUUUUUUACUCUGCGUCUAUUUAUGUAAUGUCCUAUGUUCAGCUGAAUAUUAAAAAAGAAUGUGUAUACAAUUCGACAAUAUUGCUGCCAAUUUCCCAACAAUGUAUUAUAAAUACCGAUGGUCUACAAGGAAAAUUGGCACACUUGUCAAAUAAAAAAUGUGGGAGUAUAGCGGGUACCGAAAUUAGAUAUAUUCAACAAUCGGCUAAGACCAAUUUAUUGAUCGAUUUUGGCUAUAGUUGUUCUCACUGGUUUUACCAGGAAUUCGGUUUGACGGUGUUCACAAUCGGCGCAAUUUUUGCCGUUCCUAUAAUGUGUUGGAUGGCAGAUCGUUUCGGAAGACGGCCAAUCAUUGUGUUUUCGACAAUACUCGCAUUUUUCGCAAACGUUGCCGCAGCGUUCAGUCCGAAUUAUAUAGUUUUUCUGAUUCUUCGCUUCAUUGUCGGUGCUGCAAGCGACACCUAUUUGUCUGUUGCCAGUGUAGCGACAUGCGAAUACAUUUCUGAACGGGCGAGAGCCUGGAUCACAGUUGUCUACAAUAUCGCAUGGGCCUCCGGCAUGUUAUGGACAUUGACUGCAAGUGUGAUAACCGACGAUUGGCGAUAUCGGUAUUUGAUAGUGAUAGCUCCAGGCGCCUACGGAUUUUUCCUAUGGUGCUUUCUUCCGGAAUCUCCUCAUUGGCUCAUACUUCACGGGAAAACAGAAAAGUUGAAGAAGUAUAUUCGAAUAUCAAAUCGUUUCAAUCGAGAGAAACCCGAUUUUGAAGAAUGCAGAGGUGAUGUACAUCACGAAGAAAAUCAUGAGUCGCUAUUAGUUCUAUUUGGAAGUCCACAAAUGUUGUGGCUCAUGUUUUCGAAUGGAUUCAUUGAAUUCGUCAUUGCCCUCGUCUACUUCGCCAUUUCAUUCUUAUCCGUCGAACUUGGCGACGAUCAUUUCAAAGCAUUUUUAUUCUCAUCGCUCAUCGAAAUUCCAUCUGGUUUGCUGGUUCUUCCGCUAAUGUUAAACUUUGGACGACGAUCAAUCACGAUCUUGAGUUUAGGAAUACAAUCAGCUGCAUUACUCAUUACAGCCUUUGUCAUUGAUUACUAUAUUAGUGCGUUAAUCCUCAUGUUAAUAGCAAAAGCUAUGGCUACAAUCGUUUAUACGACCCAUCCAAUUUGGGCGAAUGAGCAGUUUCCGACGUCGGUGCGAUCCAUCUCAUUCUCAAUAAUGAACAUUCCACAAAGUUUGGGUAUUAUUGCAGCUCCCUAUCUUAAACAUAUCGAAAUGAGACCGAAGUGGAUUCCAUUUACUGUAAUUGCAGGAGCAAGUUUUAUCGCAACAUUUCUGGCAUGUCUAUUAAAUGAAACUAAGAAUAUGAGACUUCCUCCCGAUGUGAGUAGUGUUUCUUCGAUAUCAACCGAACCAACGAAAAGUUCAUUUUCGAAAAUGGAAUGGCCGAAGAUGGAAGCUUCAAAUGAAGAUUGCCCAUUAAUGGAAACCGAUUCGGCAAAAAGCGACGAGAAGAGCGACGAGAAGAAGGCGACGACGACGACGAAUGAAGAUGAGCCCGCUGUCAAGGUUUACGUUCGACCGCUCGAGGUUACCGUACCCGCUGAUUUCAUCUACAAAAAAUCUAGCGAGCAGCAAAAAACCUAUUGGUCGACAAUGACAUCACGAAUCGAAACGGAAACCACAGUGAAUCGUUGGUCAAUUCCACCGAUCAAAACUGUUGAAGGCCAACCGCCAGGACCUGAGGAUCAUCCGACCACAAAAGAAGGCGCUGAGCGUGAAGGAAAAGUCAUCGGAAUUACACCAAAUUAUAAAAUUGGCGAAGGCCAGCCGAAGCAUGAGGUAAACCUUGGAAGAACUGGCUACUUGCCAAACGGUCAGGGUGACUAUAAAGUGAGCAUGAGACAUGAGGAAUACAAGCAGACUUUUAUUGAUCCAAAGGUUAGUGACAUUUUGCCAUACAUAGAGAACAAAAAUGAAUGA